AUGAAUCUACCCGCUGCGUUCAAGAUCCGUUCCCGAACCACCUUCAUUAUCUCUUCCGUUAUAUUCUUCUUCUUAUUCCGAUACUUGAACGUAGUUGCUUUAUUCUUCUCUCCUUCUUCACUCGACAACAUGACCGUGAAGCAUUUAGUUCUGUUUCAAUUCAAGGCUGACGUCAGCGCUGAAGCCGUGAAGGAGUCUUCCCUGCGCUUCUUUGACUUGAAAGAUAGCUGCGUACAUCCUACGUCGCAGAAACCAUACAUCAAGACCCUUUCUGGCGGCAAAGACAACUCAAAGGAAGGAUUACAGGGUGGCAUCUCUCACGCCUUCGUCCUAGAGUUCGAAUCACUGAAGGACCGCGAUUAUUACGUAGACACAGAUCCAUCUCACCAAAAAUACAAGGCUUUCAUCGGUCGUCAUGUAGAAAAAAUCAUUGUUGUGGACUACGUCGAAGGACAAUUCUAG